UCUCGAGGAGGGAGUGAGAGACUUCACAGCACGCUACAAAUACUCCGUGGCAGAAUUCUCUUUUUGUUGAAUGCGCCCUUCAGACUGACUUAGCCAGGGCUCCUCGUGUUGGUCAAAGGGAACAGCUUACUUCUUUAUUAAACACACGUAAACAGAUUUAACUUUGUAACUUAGAAACUCGUGAGACCAAAUUCAGCAUCACCAACCGUUACUUUGUUGCUCGUCGGCUAGAGUAGUCGACCCAGUUUUUUAAACUUUUCCAACAAAACAUAGAGGAAAGUAUCAGGGAAGGCAAGGUUUGAUCUCAUACAUCACAGCCUUUGCAGUUGGGAACACUUUAUAUGAGUUGUGCAGGAAAGUAGCUUAACCUAACGGAAAAUAACCAUCCAUCCUCAAGAGUCUCGCGCAGCUUUCUGUGCUAGCACCUGCAAACAUGACACGAAGAUCCUGCGCGAUUUAUGCGGUCGGCAUCAUCUGCGCUUCCCUGCUGUUCAUCGGGAUUGGUUUAGUUGUGGCUCAAGUUUUCAGCAAGUUAAUGCACAACCGCCUUAAAAAGGAAAUCGUUUUGGUAGAGGGAAGUCGUGUGUUUGAGUCAUGGAAAGCCCCUCCACCUCCUGUAUACAUGGAGUAUUUUUUCUUCAAUGUGACCAAUGUGGAUGCCUUCCUUGAAGGGGCCAAGCCAGAGGUCACGCAGGUUGGACCUUACACGUACAGGGAGUACAGGUAUAAGGACAAUGUGAGCAUGGUGGACAAUAACAGGAUGGUGUCUGCAUACAACAUCAAAAGCUUUGUGUUCCUGAGAGAGAAGUCCGUGGGUGACCCAGCUGUGGAUAGCAUCACCACUGUCAACAUCCCUGCUUGGGCUGUAAUGAACAAGGUGAAAGGGAGUUUCUUUAAGACCUCCAUGGUGUCCAUCUGGAUGAACUCUUACAGGAGCGGUCUCUUCACUACCCGCACUGUGGAUGAACUGCUGUGGGGAUACGAAGAUCCCUUGCUGGCCCGCGUCGCUAGCACCAAUCCUGAUGUGGAGAAGGUCUUUGGCCUCAUGUACAAGAAAAAUGGAACUGAUAGCGGGGAAUUUAUCUACCACACUGGGGUGCAGGACUACAUGGAUUACGGCCGCGUUGAAACAUGGAAAGGCCAAAGCCAGCUGACCUUCUGGACAUCUAACCAAAGCAACAGCAUCAAUGGAUCAGAUGGAAGUGCUUUCCAUCCCCUGCUGAACAAGAACGAACGUAUUUAUGUCUUCACUCCAGACCUCUGCAGGUCGAUCCACAUGGAAUUUGAGAAGGAUGUAGAGGUGAAAGGAAUCCCAGCCUACCGUUUCACACCACCACGCUCUGUUUUUGCCAGCAAAGAGGAGAACCCAGCCAAUGAGGGUUUCUGCGUCACCCCAAAAGAGUGCCUGGGAACUGGCCUUCUUAAAGUCAGUCCUUGUCGAAAAGGUGCCCCGGUAGUUGCCUCCUUUCCUCAUUUUUACCUGGGAGAUGCUAAAUAUGUGUCUGCCAUUCAAGGAAUGUCUCCUCAAAGACAACAUCACCAAACCUUCCUAGACCUUAACCCGACCACUGGAGUGAUUGUUCGUGCAAACAAGAGAGCACAGAUCAACAUCUUGCUCAGCAGAAUCCCUGGAUUCCCGAAAACUAGAGUGCUGAAUGAGACAAUCUUUCCCGUCAUGUUCCUCAAUGAGAGUGUGGUGAUUGAUGAUGCGUCUGCAGCGAGAGUACACAAGCUGCUGCUGAUUGUCACUCUAGUGUCCAACUUCCCGCUCAUUAUUGUGGGACUGGGUGCCAUACUGCUCGUAGCCCUCAUCAUCCUUCUGGUCCGGGCCCGCAAACAGAAGAAGGAAGUUAAGCGUGUGUUUACCAAGGCUCUCUAUGCUACCUCCACUGAAGAGGACACUUCUUACUCUCCAGUCAGUGACAAGGAAAAGGAAGAUCCUCAAAAUGGAACCUAUAUCGGUCUGUCAGCUAAAUGUGACCCAUAAGCUUGACGAGGAGGAUAAUGAUCAGGAGGGCGCUUUGUACAUUGACAACCCUCAGAAAUACAUAUAGGGAUUUGGGUUUUCAGGAGAGAGAUUAUUGUCAAUAUCUCCUUUAUGAUUGGAAAUCUUUGGGGUGGGGGGUUGAGGGCUAGAGGAGGGAAACAUGUUUUUAGUUUUAAACAUACUGUCCUGUGUGUAUUCAUUUUAGCCAUGCAGAGCUACCUGUAGUCCAGGUCUAGCACAAUAUAUUCCUAGAAAAAGUUUGACAUUCAUUCAAAAACAUUGUACCGAGGGCUACAUUUUGUUUUUUGGUUAAAUCAGUUGCUGAUAGCUUCAGUUGUCAAAUAAGUAGAAAUGGAAAGCCUACUUUGUGGUGUUCCGAAACAAACAAACAAACCCACCCUUUAACCCUCAAGUGUGGGAUCAAUUUGAUGUUAGUGCUGUGGCCUCACCUUCUUUUCUGUUACUUAGACUGUGCCUUCAGAUUUUAGUGACUGGUUACUAUGUUACAGGGCAUAGAGGGUAAUUUGGGACCAGGGUAAUGAAGUCCAUACAUCAUGAUUUUUUUAAAUACCAUACGUCACUCUCAGGGGUCCUCUGCUUAGAUACAAUCAAUCACUAUUAAAGAAUUGGAGAGAAGCAAAACAUACUGCAGGUCUUCUCUUUGUGCAGUAAUUUAAUCAAUUCAGUAUUACUAUGUGUCAUUUGCAUUUCCUCCUAAACUAAAUGUUACAAAAACUUGACAUUGCUCAUUAGUGUUUUCUAUUCAUGCACUGUAUUUAGAGGGAUGGCUGUAAACAUUGUUAGCAAUGCACCCGAGAAACCUUCAGAGUAUAUUUUUGUAUAUAUACAGUGUAAGGUGUGUUGGAACUGUUUACAUUCCUCUCAUUGUAUGAUUGGAAUGAACAUCAGACAAAACGCUGUAAUUUUGGAUAUUUUAAUUUUUGUUAAAAAAUAAAUCAUUUUUGUUUUUUGUAAAUGUAGAAACGUUUGAAUGAGGAUUAUGCUAUGUCAAAGCUUCACAGAUGUCUUCUAGUAGUAUAAGGAUCAACACCUUUAUCAGCCAUAUAAAGGCCUGAAUAUGACAGGAUUUUGUGGUUGAAAUUAUGAUUCAUACAAUACAGAAUAUGUGUGAUACAGUACUCUUACCCUACAUAACUGCUCACUUAACCAUUUAAACAAUAGAAUUCAGUCAUUAUCAUUGCAAACUGUGCUUUUUUGAUGCUUUUGUGCUUUUGUUGAAGGCCUUAGUAUUGUUGGAGCUGAUUAUGAAACCAAACUAACAUUUUUUUCUUUAAUGUUUGUGAAAGAUUUCAUGUCAAAUGUCAAGGCAUUGCAAAACUCACAAAGGUUUAAUAUGAAGAAACAUUCUAGUUGUGCCUUUAAAAGAAUCAAUGUUACGGAAUUUAUUUUUGCCUUUUAUAGUUUUCACGUAUUUUGUGAAAAGAACGUCUUGUCAAACCAACACAUCUACUCUUGCGUACUAUAUAUCAUUUUCUUCCAGAUACCAAACAAAACUAAACAUGAAACUGCUAGGAGUUUUUAUAGUGUGCGGCAGGGUCAAACUGCACUUUGAAAACACUUUGCUUGAAUAAUAGAGUGUUGUGCAGAGCCACAGCUUUCUCACUUGUGAAAACAGUUGAUUACAGGUGCCAUUUAAUGUAAUAUGAAAAAGCUGCACAAGUACUACUUUUGAACUGCGUUGAGCCCAGCUUUUAUUUCUGUGCUUAUUCUUAGUUGUAACAUUUAAGGAUGACUGAGUUUCUUCAUAUCACCUCAUCGUUACGUGCACUGCAGUAAUCAGCAUUAAAUAUAUCAGACGAUAGCAGAGAAGCUGUAACAAGUUUCAAUGGAUUUCUGCUUCUUCAUUUAGUUUUACUAUUUGUGUUUGAUGUAUACUUUAAUCAGUUAUGUACAAUAAAAAUGAAGAAAAUAGAAGAAAUUCAGUGUGCAUAAUCACUUUCAUAAGAAGGGGAAUAAAUGGAUAAAGCAAGCUUUUUACACAAUAUUAGUGUUGUGAUUAAAAAUAUUAAAUUAUUUUGUUGAUUUGGUAAAACCAAAACACAGAAAGCAUGAUAUGGACUACACUAGGCUACUUUGUGCCAUACUUUGAUAACAGAUUGUACUUUCUGAAAUUAUUGUUACUGCCAUAACCACUUGUUCUUCUUAUUGUCAGCUUGUUUUGAAAUGCUGACUGUUAAUACUGUGUACACAAAAAUAAAAGUAGUUUCAGUAAA